AUGGGGGAUGCCAUCCCAGAUCAUAUAUGCCACGAUCACGCUCAAAACUUCUACGACUGCUCUUGCUGCUUGCAAAAUUAUGCUCAAUUCAACUCCCAGCUAAUCUACAAUAAAAAGCUUAUGAAAAUAAAAUGCGAUGAGCAGCUAGAAAUAAAAAAAUAUUUAGCCAAAAUUCACUCACUAGAAACCAAGCUUCGUACUUCUGCAGAAGAAAAAACACAAGGCUAUUUAUGCCCUACAAGAAAAGUCAAAAACCAGAGACUUGUAGACUAUUUAAAAGAGCUUCCUCUUCCUCACGUGUUUUUUAAUAUCUGCAAAGACCAAGAACUUGCUAUGGCAUUUUUACUUAGGUCUGGGAUUUUUCCAGAGUCCAGGAAAUGCAAAAGCUGCAUUGAUGAAAAUGGCUACUACAAAGAAAUGAAUUUUGAGUAUAAUGGGUAUAUGGGGUAUUUAUUUAGAUGCGAAAAAUGUGGUGUGAAAUAUAACGUAAAAGAGGGGACUUAUUGGGAAAAAUGUUCAUUUACUAUAGAAAAAAUCGUCCUUUUUAUGUUUCUGUGGGUAUGCUAUAUGAAAGACAAUGAAGUCGCGCAGCUGCUGGAUGUAACUCCUUCUUGCAUCUCCAAGCUAUCAAGAAAGCUGAGGAAACUCGUGGUAAGUGACUUUCUCUCAUCAUUCACACCAUUUACAGGCGUAGUCGAAAUAGGAACCAUAAACUUUGUCCGCAGAAAAAUAGAAAUUGGGAAAGGAAAAACUCCUCAAAAAUGAAUUAUGAUUCUCUUCGAAAGAGGCAGCAAAAACUGCUAUAUAGAAUGUUUGCCAAGAAGAAGCCCAGAAUAUAUUGUCCCUAUAAUCCAAAAGCGCUGCGAAGUAGGGACUGUUGUGAUUACUGAUAAGCUGGGCUGUUACGGAAGACUAGAAGACUAUGGAUUCCCACACUAUCAGCUUGACAAAUCAAGAGGAUUCGAAGACCCUGACAAUAAAUUCAUCCACCAUAAUAACCUCAAUAAUAUUUGACUUUGGACGAAAUAUGAUAUAAAAAAUAGAUACAGGACAGCUCCAUUUUUGCAAGAACUUUUAUUUGAAUGGGUAUGGAGAAGAGCACAUAGGAUGAAUAUGGCCAGGUCAGAGUUUCCAAUGGAGAGCAUGGCGAUUUUUCAAAGCCUGAUUGAACUGAUCAAGAAAAAGCAAGCUCAAAAAGAAAUUUUAUUAGAUUAA